UCUGUGGUAGUGUUGCAGGUGGCAGAGAGUAAGUCAGUUGUACAGAAUGCCAAGGAUGCACUUUCUCAUGCUGUUGAGUCAGUUGGAUUAACGCACGGAAAAAAACCCACACCCGAGCGGGAGAUGAAGGCAAUCGAAAAGUCGGAGAAAUUCGUCAAGAACAGGAUCGAUCGCUACUUGGACAUGAGUAAAGCUGAGGAAAAGAAAGCUCUCAAGAAAAUAAAUCAUGCCAAAAAGACAACUGGACCAAGGAGACACUGGAUUUUUUACUCCGACUUCUUGGAGAGCAAUGUUAAUGUGCUACGAUUCGAUGUCAGGCUGAGCAUUUGUGAGCAACAAAAGCAUUUCAAAAAGUUCAUCGACGAUGUCCCGUCCGCCAACCCCGAACUUGCAAAGUUCAUGAAAUCCGAGGAGUAUCAAAGGAAAAUAAAGAUAAACCCGCCAACUUUGGAUCCAGCAAUCAUCGUUGCGUUGAAGAGAGACACCGAUGGGAAACGCCAAAUCACCGCGGACCUCACCAACCAACCGGACUCCCUCGCCGAUCUGAAACGUUACUUCGCAAAGCGGGUCCACGAGGUGACUCACAUGCACAACACGAAAUUCGAUUCCUUCGAGACGGCCGCUGUGAGGGUUUACGACGCCUUGCGAAACGCGGUCAUCGUAUGGUCCGACCUGAAACAGGACCUGAAGGCUGGCAGGAAGAUUCCGGAGAGCAUGGAAGCGAAGGCAACGGAGGUCCAGAUCGCCCUCGGGGCAGGAAAAGAUUUGGGCUGUUACGACAAGGACCCUCAUGACCCUUGAAAGACCCAAACAAUCUAUUUACUACCGUCCCACACGGAAAUAAAUUAAAUGUUGAUUAAGCAUUUAUACUGUUAAAAAGAUGUCCAACAAGUUUCAAAUGCUGAUUUUACAUUUU